UUUGCAUGUAGACUCUCAUUUCCUAUACUGACAUGCCGGACAUGACAGUUGGCGAAAGCUCGUUUUUGGAAGAGACUAUCAGUAAGCGUACCAGAAGAUCAUCACUACGAAUAUAAGCAGCACCAAGAGAAAACAGCCUUGUACGCUAUACGGUGCUAUGAAGGAGAGAAAUUAUCAGAGUUUAGCAGUGCUUCAAGUUGCUGUAUGACUGGAAGGAAGAAUUUUAUUGCUGGCAUUUUUAGAAUAAACUGUUUCAAUAAAAUUUAAUAUAGUGGCUAAUCAGCUAUGGUUCUAGCGGAAAGAAAUUCAGAUAAUGUUAGAAAUGGUCGGAGAUCUAGAGGACCAAGCCCAAAUGGUCAUGCAUCCGAUUCUAGUAGCGAAGAGGAAGGUGAAGAAAAGAUAAGAGUUGGAAGGGACUAUCAAGCUGUUGUGCCAGAGCUGAUACCGUUGUCAGAACGUCGUCCUGAUCAGUGUGGAGAGCGGGCUCUUUUGGUUUGGUCACCAACAGCUGAAAUACCAGACUAUAAAUUGGAUGAAUAUAUAUCACUUGCGAAAGAGAAGUAUGGUUACAAUGGAGAACAGGCUCUUGGGAUGCUGUUCUGGCAUAAACAUGAUCUCGAACGGGCAAUAUUGGAUCUUGCCAACUUCACACCUUUUCCGGAUGAAUGGACAGUUGAGGAUAAAGUAUUAUUUGAACAAGCUUUUCAGUUUCAUGGGAAGAGCUUUCAUAGGAUUAGGCAAAUGCUGCCAGACAAAUCUAUAGCAAGCCUAGUGAAGUACUACUACUCAUGGAAGAAAACGCGGAGUCGAACAAGUUUGAUGGACCGACAAGCAAGGAAAUUGGCUGUUCAUCGUGAAGAAGGCAGUGAAGUAGGAUCAGAAUUAGGUUCAAACACUGACUCGGAUUCUGAUGAGAAGAAAUGGACAAUACACCGAGGCAUUCGUCGUAAGAGUGGUUCACCUCCAAGAACAACUCAGAAUAGUGAUGAAUCUGGUAGUCAGAAAGAUGGUGCUGAGGGUGGGAAGAGUUCUUGUGCUAACUGUGGGGUUGCCUGCACUCACACCCACACUUCUCCUAAAGGCAGCAUGUGCAACACUUGCUACCAACAUUGGAGACGUACAGGAAGUGUCCGCCCAACAACCGGUCCUGUGAAGCGUGACAGGCACUGCCACGUUCUUCUUCGCCACAAACGCAAGCCCCCGCGAGGGAUGUACAUUAACCAUGAUGAUCUAGUGGCUAUGGCUGCCGGACCACCAGCACCCGCCCCUGCCAGUCAGGGUGACCAAAUGUUGAAAGCAAUGGAUAGGGAAAUUGUUUCCCUUAAGAGACAAGUGCAGAACAAUAAACAAAGUCUGAGUUCCUUCAAGCGAAAAACUGCUGAGGGGAUUGAUGAUUUACGCCCACCAGAUGCAAACAACCGUAUUAAUGCUCGCUGGACUAAUGAUGAACUCUUGCUAGCUGUACAAGGUGUGCGGAAGUAUGGAAAGGAUUUCCGAGCCAUCGCUGAGGUAAUUGGUACCAAGACAGAGGCACACUUGCGUAGUUUCUUUGUUAACUAUCGUCGCCGUUAUAACUUGGAUGCUGUGUUGAAGGAGUUUGAGGUGGAGAAUGGACCUAUUGUUGACAAUGAUGAUAAAGAGGAAAAGAUGGAGACAGAUGGUGUGUCUUCUGGUAGUGAAGCUAGCACACCCACUCCUGGGGCAAGCUCCCCUGUUCCAGUGGCUCCUGGAUCACCACCACUGAUCAAGCAGCCAUUCCCCAAGACCGCUGUUGGAACAGGCCUCGCUGCUAAAUGAUACUGGCUCUAGCAUAAACUAAAGUAAUUUUUAUUUAGGUUAGCAACAAAGUGCAAGUGGUUGGAUUUGAAAGGUGGAGUCUGUGGAAGUAACCAGGUGAUAAAAACAAAACAAAGCAAUUCGUGAUUUGAACUUCAGGAAGCUACAUCAGCGUUCCAUAUAAUAAUUUCUUUGGUGAAAUUAUUUUCCUGUGUUCUGAUUCAUCUUUGAACAUGACGUUUUAAGGGAUAUCUUGCCUUUAUUACUAUCAUUAACAACUUAUUUUGUGUUACUAGAAAUUUUAGUCUUAGCAAAGAGGAAGAAGGAAAACUUGACCUGAAAUAUGUGUUGAAGUUCAUGAUGAGACAUUACACAAAUACUUGCAAGAAAAUAUAAGUGCACCUUUAGAUAUUUUUCACAAACAAUUAAAAAUUAAUGUGGUAUAUCUAGAAUGCAAUAAAAAUAAUGAUGUUAGGAAAGAUUUUUAAUUUUGUAAAAACUUGCAAAUGGGACAAACUUAGUUUCCUUUUUUUUAUGUGAUGUUGAACUCAGUCACAGUAAGAAGAUAUAAUGGCAUCUUCAAAGUAAAAUAUUGAUUGUUGAGGCCUAACAUAAUUAUACUAUGGAUUGAUACUUCUCUGUAGUGUGUGAGAAUGUGAGAAGGUUGAAUUGCUUUGAUUAUUUACAUUAAUAUUGUACAGUGUAAUUUAGUUAUGGAUAAAAUAACUUUUUAAAACAGCAACUGUUACUUUUUGCAACUCAGUAUUUAGGAUACUUUGCCUACAAAAAUGGGAUGUUGUGACUAGGCUCACUCAGGCUCAUCAUUCCCCAUUUGCUGCAGAUUUCAUCAUGCGAAGCCAAGUUUUCCCAUGUUAUUCGCAAUGUCUGGUAUGGUCUACUGGGAAGGAAAUCUUUGUCUUCAUGUCAUCAGUGUCUGGGGGUCAUUUAAGAUGCAAAGUGUUUAUUAUGAACCUCUGCACAAAGAAAUCUAGUUUAGUGGCAUACCCACAUCUUCAAAUUUACUUCAUUAUAGUCAUACUUCAGAGAUUCUUAGCCCCAACAGACACGAUAAAACUUGUAAACAUUGCUGUUAUUUACAAAAUUAAACUUUGCAAACCAUAGGAUACGCUUUUCUCGUUUCCAUGCAUUUGGCUCUGCAUUUGAUAUCCCAUGUAUCAAUGAUGCUUAUGAGCUGUGAAUAUCACACAAGAAACUCCCAAGUUUUGUGGACCUGACACACCAAAUGAGGGCAGUGCAGCUUACUGCUCCAUUUUCACAGUGCUUAGUUUCAUUCAUACCCAUAUAUGGAUCAUUUUGUUUGUUUAUGUUGUCAGUUCAGCUUGCUCCCAUAGAAAAAUAGUGAGAUGAGUUUAUUGUGUGCAUUGUCUUGUAUUUAAAUUUGUGUGAAGUUGAUUCCCUGAAUUUAUAAAUUGGAAUGGCUGUGUGUUCUGUUGAAGAAAAUGUGUGGUAUUCAAUAUGUUUUGUACAAUUUUAAAAUCAGGCAGUAUUGUGAAAUUUCAGUGUACAAAAUGCUUCAGUGAAGUGUUUUACAAGAGAAGGUGAACAGUCUGUCUUCUUGAUUUAGAGAAUUGUAAAAAAAAGAAUUGUGACACUUGUGCUUUCAUGAGUACCAUGUAGGAUGCUGUCACAAUUAAAACUAAUUUAUGUAGAGUGGAGAAGCAGUGAUUGAUAGUCAUGAAACAUUAUUAUUUGUAUCAUUGUAUCAUGAUCAUAAGAAAAUUUGGUAAGGAGCUGGAGUGCACUUUCUAACCAGAGUGCAAGCUAUCUGAAAGAGAUGUAUGUAUGUACAGAUCUGCAAUAUAUCAAGGUUCAUAAUGCAGCACAGUUUUGUAUGCAGGUAUAAAUAUGCAUGCAACAGUGACAGGCCCAUAUCUGUUUAUGAAAAGAACAUUUCAUACCCAAGAUGUAUUAUAAUAUAUUAUAAUUAUUUUCAACCACUGAAAGAAAGUUUUGUUAGAAAGAAUGUGUUAUAUUAUGUACAGGAUUAUGUAAAUGUUCUUAUGAGGCGACUCUUGUAUAACUUUCCAGCAUAAGUGUGCAGAAUGGAAAUAUGUGAUAACCACAUCAGCAUUGGUGGGGGAUAUGGAUUUGGAAGUAGACAAAAGUACAGCUGAAGGGAUAUGAUUUACACAUUAAUAACAAAUUAUAACUUAUAUUGACAUAUUAAUUGGGUUAAUUAUUUUUAGAUAUGGUUUCAAUUACAGAACUUGGACUAAUGUUUUAGUUAUUAGUGAUGGAAAGUAUAUCAUUGAAUUGACACAAAUAACAUGCUGAAAGUAUUACAAAGAGAUGAAAUUGCAGUUGGUCACUUUAUGCAUGAAGUACCUGCAGAUGCCAAUAUUUGUGACAUGUAAAGUGAAACACUUCUGUAAAAUGUUUGUGCAUUGAUUUUUUUUAAGGUUAUUCAUGGGAAGAUUAAUUCAUACUUCAAAAACCAAAGUUGCUAAAGACAUUUACCUGAAGUGUACAUUUAUCUAAACAUAGAUUUUCAUAUUCACAUCCUGUCAGUGGCUGUUGAAACAUGUUGAGAGACUUAAAUUUAAAAGAUACAUAAUAUAAUAAAUUAUUUUGUUUAUGGAAGUGAACAGUUGAAUAAUUCUUAUUACUGGUGUAUCUCCUUUAUCUGCAGUCACUUUUCAUGUACAUAGGAGUUGGGUUCAUUUAUUUGUUUUAUAUAUAUUAGUACCAAGGACAUCUGUUCAUAGAGUCUUGUGUUUUCUUGAAAACUGCACAGCACAGUAGCUGCAGUUGUUCAUAGAGAAUGUGAGUGUAUAAGUCUUAAGAUGUGCACUUACACUAUACAGUCAUUAUUUUUUAAGAUUAAGUAAUGUAUUGAAUUUAGCUGGUAGCAUUAUAUAUUAUAGUAACAAAUUUAUAUUUAUAAAAAAUAAUUGAAUCAGAGAAUACAGAAUAUGUACUCCAUAAAUAUCAUACAGCUAUAUUACUAUUAUAAUAGAUUGAAGAAGUAUGUUAGAAUAAUUUAUUGUAUUAGAUUCUAUUUUCAAACUGGUAUUGCAGAGAUAUUGCUGUUACUAAGUCAUCAUUAUUUACAGUCAGAGUGUCUGUACAAUCCAUAUUCAUUUACUUCUGGACAGUGUUUUGAAGAUGGAAUCUUAUGUAAUAAUAUAACAGUUUUCUCUUGGAUAGGGGGAUAGAUGUAUUUUCUAGUUGUUAUGUUUCUGUUCCUCUCUCGUGACAUAUUUUGGGAGUUCCUUACACUGGAUAAUUAUUUGAAAAUUAUUAAACAAUAAAAUGUGCCUGUUUUAAUGCAUUCUGUUAGUGUUAACUGUGCUGGAAAGUGUAAAUAUAUUUCAUUAGGAAGAGGGGGAGAAUACUGGUGAGGUAACCUAAUGCAGAGUUUUGGGGAAAACAUCAGAAUUCUGACUUUCACUUCAUUCCAGCAGUAAAGAUACAUAUUUAUUUGCUAUAAUCCAAUAUGUUUGCAACUAGCUGCAUUUUACUUUGGUGCAUUGUGCAGAUAAGGUGAUCAAAUCAAAAUGGGGAAUGAGAGAGUCUGUAGUUAGAGGUUAUCAUCUAUUCAGGACCCUAAUAAUGACCGUGAUAGUAAGGAUUUAUUUAGCCUGUCUGACUUGAUAUCCAUCCUUGUGUGAUCUUGUGGCUUGUCCAGUGAAUUCAAUUCAAUUCAUUUAUUUCAUCCAUAGCUGUAGAAAUUACAAUUGGACAUGUCAGAUAACAACAACAUUUCAUCAAGCAUAACAUUCAAAGUACAUGAAUAUAUAUGAAUAUGAAUAUGUGUUCUGAUUUCACCUGUAUGUUGCAAGGCUUGUGUUUUGUAAAUAACUUCAGAAAAAUAUUUUUAAUUAAGUGUGUGAUUCUUACUUAGUUUCAGUAUAAAUCAUAUAUUCGAGUACCACAGUGAAUAUUGUACUCUUCCAAAAGACAGAUUUCCCAUAAAACGCUUUAUGGAUGUCAGUAAUUGGACAGAAAAAUAAGUCUUAAUAUCUGCAAAUUGUAAACUAAUGACAGACCAGACAGACUUUUCUUCUAAUGACACUGCCAGAAAUUAAUGGAUUAAAUUCACUGUUCUACAGCUUACACAUGCUCUUUUCUGGGUAACAGUGAAACCAGAAGUGAUCAUCUCUUGUCACAAGGCUGCCUAAUUUACAAAACUGCUGGAGUGGUGUAAAUGAUUUAGAUGCUGUUUUAAAAUUCCAGUCAUUAGUAUAACAUUGGUUUAUGAAGAACAAAAGCAAAUUUUUAAAUUUCCCUCAUACACAGAUUCAGUUCUAUUUAAAUUCUGUACAAAUAAUGAGCUAGAUGACUGAAAUUAGACAGAGACUGCUACAUAUAGAGGAUAUAUUGCACUACAUAAAACUUCCCCUUUCUUUCUGUGGACAUCUUCCUUCCUAUUAUUUGUUUUUUUUUAAUUGCUAUUGGGGUGGGACUAAGUCCCUUGUGCUGCGGCCACUUCUGACCUAUUG